CAUAACUUUAUUCUGGCUAUAGAACGCGAAUCAAGCGACUUGUAUAUUUUUCAUUGAGUAGGAUAUCAAAAUGACUGAUAAUUUCAUAGAAGCAAACAAUUAUUUUACGAAUGGGAACCUUAGGAUGGCUGAAAUCAAAUAUUCAAGCUUCAUUGAUGAUUCGAUUCACCGUUUAUCUACCUUAGAACGUGAAGAUAAUGAGUUAUUAUUGAAAGUAGCAUCAGCCUUGAAUGACCGAGGUCAGAUUAAAUACAGAAGAGUUGACUUUGAUGAUGCCAUUGAGGAUUAUACAUUGGCAUUACAACACAAACCAGACUUCAGUGUUGCAUUCUACAACAGGGGUCAAAUCCAUUACAGGCUAGGUCGUUUCCAAGAAGGCAUCUCAGAUUUCCAGAAAGCUCUUGCAAUCCAACCAGACUUUCCUGACUGUAGCCUUGCUCUUCAAACCGCUCAGGCAGACAUGAAAGAGAAGAGAAGUCCAGCACUGUCUAGUUCAUGACACUCCC